AUGUACUCCGAUUAUAGUGGCCUGGCAGGGAAGCACAAGUGCAUGUUUGGCAUUAGCAAGGCUUUGCAGACGUAUGACCCUUUAGAAGAUUAUGCAACAGCUGUGCAGUUUUCUAGGUUCAGUGAUAUGGGGGCCGCGCAGCAAGAGGUCCUCGAGGCGAUCAGUUCUUGUUACGGAAACAACAUAUGUGUCUUGGGCAAUCUGAACAACCGCCUGCCUCCUGAAGCACGGUCUCUGCUUGAUGCGAUGCUACCUUCAGAGAAGGUGGCCAAGGCUAAGCUUGUAAAAGCAUAUGCAAACAUGGAGCAAUACUUGAUGGAGAACCGUGCGUGGCUCUUUCCAAUGGAUGCAAAGACCCUUACGAAUCAACCUGGCGGGAACAACUUGCUGCGGGUGGUCGUCAGCAGGGAAGAGAAGCUCGGCAAUCCACUUUUCUCCAGCCACCACGUGCUGCACAUUGUGGUGUCUGCCACAGAUCUGGGUUGGCCUGUUCGUCGCAGGCGUGUUUUUACCUGUGGUCUCAGCAAAGCAAGCAUGAUUUGGCUGGGACCACCGCAGGAGCAAGUACUUGAUCACUUUAAGUCGUUCUUUGCGGCGCAAAUGGAGGCAACUGCUGAUGUUUUUCUGUUUGCAGACGAAGCAGAUGUUGCCAAAGAGAUCGGCCACCUGGCCUCCAAGCGUGGUUUCUCUCUGAAAGAGAAUCCGAACACCGCAGCGAUUCCGCUCAGUCAGAUGUAUGCACCAGGGCAGCUGCUGAGGUAUUCGGCAUACGAGAAUCUGAGGCAGUCGACUCAAGGGGAAGACCUUACCUGGUUUGCAGACUUAGAGCAAAACUGUGGUGCUGGUGCCAGCACUCCAGGCCGCAUCCUUCCGUCCAUGCUGACCCACGGUACGGUGCAUGCAUGGCGGGCCUCACGGAAGAUGACGCAUCGAGAACUUUAUCAAGCACGCGGUUAUUUCAUGAAAGACUCCUCCUCUCCGAUUGCAGACGUGCUUGGAAGACUGUCGCCGAGAGUGCGACAGUUGCUUCUGGGGAACGGAUGGCAUCUGGCUGUCAUGGGGAGCUGGCUGCUGUACAUCCUGAUGCAUUGCGUCCGAAUCAAUAGGAACAUGACGGUGCAGCCGGAGCGUAGCCUCUCCUUUUCAGGCAUGUCGGCAGUCUCAGCCUCAGCCUCAGCCUCUGCUCCUCCAAGUACAACUUCAGAUGGCGAGUCGAGACAGUCGAGCCCCAGCGCUCGGAGGACUUCGGAGGACUCAUGA